AUGUCGGACUACUCAAAGAUGAAGAACGACGAGCUGUCGGCGCUUCUCAAAGAGCGCAAGCUACCCCACACUGGCAAGAAGGCAGAGAUGGUUGAGCGUCUACAGAAGAACGACGCGGAGAAGGCCGGCGCGAAGCCUGCUGCUGGCGCCGAAGACGAGAUUGACUGGGACGACGAAGCCGACGAUGCCGCUGCUGCGCCAGCUGCUACUACCACGGCGACGGCAGAGGCCGUCAUUCCUAACGCAGAGACUGUCGCAAACGCCGGAGGUGAAGGCCAGCCGCCGAACCCACAAGCCGUGCCUAACCAAGUCGCCGAUAUCGACCCUGCGCAAACCGACGAUCUAACCACCGAGCCACCCGCCGAAGGCGCCGCAGCUGCCACCGAAGAGCCCAAGCCAGAAGAGAAGAAGGAGCCUACUCCCGAUUACUCAAGAGGCCUGGCCGCCACCAACCUCGACGAAGAAAUCGAGAAGCGCAAGAAGCGUGCGCUGAAGUUUGGUACAAAGCUCGAGGAUGACGAGGGCCUCAAGAAGCUGGAGCGUGCUAAGAAGUUUGGAGAGGUCGCGGCUCCUCUUGGUCUCGACCAGGCUCUCCCAGAGCGCCGCGAGAAGCGCCGACGAGAGGGUGCCGGUGAAGAUGCUGCUAGCAACAAGCGCCGCGAAGGAGGCCGUGAGGGUGGACGCGAGGGAGGUCGCGAGGGAGGUCGCGAGGGAGGUCGCUCUGGUGGUCGUGGAGGACGUCGGGACAACAGGCCUCGCAGCAGGGAUAACCGUCCUCGCGAGAACAAGACAGGUGGUGGUGGCGCCGGCGGCAGCUGGAUGAGCGAAAAGGACAGGGCGGCCGCUGAGGCCAGGAAGGCCAAGUUUGCGAAGCCAACGGCUUGA